CUGUUUUAUGAGGGAAAAAUCCCUGGAACCAGAUUGGCUGAGUUGAAAGCAAAAUAUGUCCUGUUACAUGAUACUCUAGUAAGUUUACAGGAAUCGGAGAUUCAGCUGCUGCAGGAUGCCAAACGUUUCUCGGUGAAGCUGGAAGAGCAGCAGCAGGAGCUUGAGAAAGCCGAGGAGUUUCCAGAAGGCGCCACCUCCGAGGUCUCCAAACUGAGGCAGCAGUACCUGAGAUACUUCAACGAGUACAACGCCAUUCAAGAGAGAGAGUUUGAAAUCCAGUAUAGGCUGACUAGUUUACUAGAAGACAAGAAAUUAAUUGAAAAGGACUAUCGCAGAAUCCCCAAAGCUUCUGAUGCGGACAAGAGAAUCAAAGCCUUGAGGGACAGUUGCGAAGACCUGCGUAAAGAAACGACGCAGAGAAGGCUAGAAAUCAAAAACCUGAAAGACGACCUGUUCAUAAGGCAUAAGCGUCUCACGAAGGAGCACAAAGAGCUGGAAGAGCUGUUUCGAAAGCAAGAAGAACUAAAGGAUGAACUCGUCCGGCUCCAAGCCAUUCCUAUUCAGCUCGGAAAGGAUAUGGAAAAAAUAAGCCGCAGAAUGCAAGAUAUAGAGAAGAAAAAAAUCGCGCUUCGGGAAGAAGCGCAAGAACUUGUGGAUACAUCCAAAAAACUGGAGACCAAGUGCACAGAGACCACGAUGGAGAAAGAAGAUACGAUCAAAGAGGUCGAAGGGAAGAAAGCACUGCUCGAGAGCAAAGAGCGAGAAUUCAACACUCAGACAAAGGUGCAUGAGAUGAAUAAAGAGAACGAAGGCACCGCCAUUUCAGAGAGGGGCCAGUUAGAAAUGAGUUUUCGCAACGUGUCCAAUUUGAAACAGAAGCUGCACGAUAAUCUGAGCCGGAUGCAAAGGGAGAAAGAGAAGGACCUCCGAACCUUUAAAAAGAUGGAGAUGCAGCUUAAAAUCGCGCAGGAAAGCCUGAUACAAGUUCAGGCGCGUCACGAAAGAAUGCGCUUAGAGAUUGAUUCCGUCCCUAAAGAGGAUGGGGCAAUAUUAGAGAGGCGAAGGGAGCUUCAGAGAGAAGUGGAAAUAGCUAAGCGAAAUCUGACUCAAGAGAAAGCAUCCACCGAAUCCGAAGUGCGGCUUCUUGAACAGUGCAUCGCUGAGGAAGAACAAGUCGUUGGGGCGCAGGAGCAUUACAGGGAAGAGUUGAAUAACUUGAUCCGUAUGACCCAGCUCAAGGCGGACGAGAGGGAACAAAAAUCGAAGGAUUUCUUGAAAGCUCAGGUGAGGAAACUACCAACGGGCAUCUAA